UGAUACUUACAUUUAUGACUGUCGAUGUGAACACUGGUUUAAGAUUUUAGAUACAUUCAUUGACGGAGUGUUAAAAGUUUUAAGUUGAUGCAGUGAGAUAGUUAUUUCUUUCCGUGUGUGAGGAUACGUUGAGACAGUGUCAUAGUUAUUCAUUUUUGUGUGAGCGGAAGAAAGACAUAUUUGUACAUGGUCAAUAUGGAAACUGUUACAGAGAAUAUAAGCACCAUCUUAAUGACAACUGGAAAUGACUCUAAAAUACAACAACCGUUACCAAUUGAAGCUGUGGUACUGGUCAGCUCAGUUUGGAGUCUGAUUAUAGUUACAGGUGCCAUUGGCAACGGCCUUGUACUUUAUAUAUUGUUUCGAUUCGGCGAACGCUCUGUAACCAACGUAUACGUCAUUAACCUUGCCAUCGCUGAUUUGAUGUUUAUUAUAUUUGUUGUACCUGCAACAUUGAUUCAUAUAGUUAUACCUACCUGGAUUCUAGGAGAUGCGGUCUGCAAACUGUCAACUUAUAUGAUAUAUGUGCCUUUACAUGCAACUUGUUUAACAUUGUCGGCCAUGACAAUAGAUAGAUACCAUGCGAUAGUCAAUCCAAUACGAUCUAUGAACUGGAGAUCUGCUAAAGUUUCAUCAUUUAUUAGCCUAGGAGUAUGGGCAGUGUCAAUCAGCAUAUCACUACCAUUCUUCCUGUUUCAAACAGUAGUCGAGCGUCCAGGAAAUGAGGGCAUUUUAGACUGUGUCCCCAAGUGGCCCGGGCCAGAAUGGAUUAAGACUACUACAUUAGCAGUUGUCAUGACAACGUUUUUUAUUCCAAUGACAGCUAUAACAAUAUGUUAUGGCUGUAUUUUGCAACAUCUGUGGAAAGGAAAUAAAAUGAAACGAGCAAAGCCCGAGAACGAAGCUGCACUACCAAUUAAAAAUGACAAACAAGAAAGGCAACUUCGACGUAAAAAACGAGUAACGAGAAUGGUGGCUAUAGUAGUAUUCUUGUUUGCUUUGUGCUGGUUUCCCAUACAUUUGAUUGCACUUUGGAUACAGUUCGAUCCUAACUUCCCGAGAACAGAUGCAAUGCACUAUUUUAAAUUAUUUGGUCACACGCUCUCUUAUGCUAAUUCUUGUGUCAAUCCAUUCGUCUACGCAUUUGUAAAUGAGGGAUUUAAACAGGCGAUUAUCAAAAGAUCACCUUUAAUUACAAAACUAUGUCAAUGUGUGUUGGAAGAAAAACCGACGAAGAACAAUACAAAUAUGAUCGACAAGUCAGUUGGUACACGACCUAAUAUUGAGGGUCAAACAGAACUACAUACGGUACAAAAUAAUGUAUAAGUCUCAUAUAAUAAAUAUUGGAGUUCAGACAAUGUCAAAUAUUGUAGAUUUCGCCAAAAUUUAUGACUCCUACAUUAAUUAAAAGUAAAAUUUAAAAAAAUA